AUGACCCGGAGGUUUCAGGUAGAGAGCGACGAGGAAGAGGAUGAUGGUGUACCUUACAACCCCAAAAAUCUUCCUCUUGGCUGGGACGGAAAGCCAAUUCCAUAUUGGUUGUAUAAGCUGCAUGGACUCAACAUCUCGUACUCAUGUGAGAUAUGUGGCAAUCAAAUUUAUAAAGGACCUAAAGCAUUCCAGAAGCACUUUAAUGAAUGGCGGCACUCGCAUGGCAUGCGUUGUCUGGGAAUACCAAACACUGCCCAUUUCGCCAACAUCACACACAUUAAAGAUGCUCUAGAUUUGUGGACUAAAAUCAAGGGAGAAAAGGAGCGGCAGAGAUGGAAUCCGGAUCUCGACGAAGAAUUUGAGGAUUCUGCUGGCAAUGUAGUUACUCGGAAGAUGUACGAAGAUCUCAAAAGACAAGGGCUUCUGUAAAGAGUUCAUUGUACUUGUUUGUACCAGUCUUGUAAUCCACCUCAUGUUGUUGAAUUUAUGGCUUAUGUAUCUCUUCAUUCUCCAUAAACAGUCGUCUAUUAUGUCUGCUGAGAUUCGUUUAUGAUUACUUUAUGAAACUCUAUAAAUAACUGAGUUGAGAAAAGUUCUUG